AUGGAGCACUUGUUCCUAGCUCAUGGGACUGCAAAGAUACCAAAUAGAGAAUUCCUCAGCACAGUAAUCUCUGAUCAUGGCCCCUGGAAGAAGAUCAGUAUUAACCUGAUGUAUCACAACCCUGAUAAAACUAGCUCAAGCCCAUUAUUCUCUCUAGAUGUAUCCUCAAUGCUUCCUUCAACCAAGCAAUCCACCAAGUUACCUCAAACUUGUUCCCAAAAACAAUACAAUGCCUCACCUGGAAAAAAUGUCAGUAGCUCAAAGGCGAUAGCUAAUUCAUGGGCCCUUGGUGGAUCAGUAAGCCCUAAGAAGAUGAAGAAUCAAGCAGAUUUGGCCUCUCAAAUAAGCUGUCUUAGCAAGCAGCCACUUGACUCAAUCCCACAUAACACCCCCAUUGAAUCACCCAGAUGGAUUAUCGGUAAACAAUUGGACUUUUUUACCAGUCCUCCACCACCUUCAUCAAACUUGAUCCCAGAAUCCACCCAAUUCCAACUUCCAAAUGGUAUUUAUGUGAUUGCACAUCCGAUAACCUAUUGCAUCAAUUUCAAACAAAAUAUUGGCAAGGGAACGAUGCAAAGAGCUUAUGCAGCUGAGGUGAAAACAGAUCUGGGGGGUGGAAUUGAACAUGUUAAUAAUUGGGUAGCAAAGCUUGUCCAACAUGGUGUGAUUGCCACGGGUGAUAUGGAAUCACUGACCAAUGUCUACUUUUUAGAGUCUGCACUUGAUGGUCCUUAUGUGAAAUACUCAAGUAACAUUGAUUUUUCAAGACCUGCAAAUGAAGAUACAAUAGAUCCAGAAUUAUUCAAAUUGAUAGAUGCUUUCACCCAUUGGUCCUAUAAUAAAUCUGAUGGAAAGUAUCAGCGGUGGGCCGCUACACUACACUACGCUACGGGACCAUGUAGCGAGCGAGUUCUGCAUGCUCCACCUUCAAAGCAGGUGGAUGGAAGUGUCCAGGGCACCUUCUGA